AUGAUGCGUCACAUAUACCUACGUGGCGCACUGAACAUUGCCGCAUCAGCCGCUUCGUCCGACCAUGAAGGGCUAUCAUUUUCACGCAACCCGCAAAUCACCCGCCACAUUCCCGUUUCUAUUACCUGGACCAUUGCAGACCUCCUCGACCAUAAGCCGCGCGGCACGUACUACCUUUUCAAUGGCGACAUUUGGGAUCGUGAAGUCGAAUUUGCCCCGCUCAACGGUCGCGGCUGGGUGCUGCAGGAACGCUUGCUCGCCCCUCGCAUCCUUCACUUCGGCAGAAACCAGACUUACUGGCAGUGCAACACAGUCUUCCACUCGGAAAUGUUCCCGUACGAUCUGCGGACCAAGGACCUGGGCCCGCAUGUUCCACAUGUGACAUCCAACUUCAUGCGCUGCUUUCACGCCAUUCAGCGCAAGAAAACUCUGGAGAAUGGCAUCGAGCAGGGAGGAGGAGCCUGCUCCACACAAGAAACGACGGUCAUCGAAGAUUAUCGCGGCGACACGCCGUACACACGCUGGAGCGAGCUGGUCAACGCGUAUAGUGCGACAGCGUUGACGCGAAGCCAAGAUAAGCUGAUCGCCGUGCAGGCCCUCGCAGAGACGAUGCGCGACGCCACCGGCGAUACCUACGUUGCAGGCUUAUGGAAGAGUCACAUCAUUGAGGAUGUGUUGUGGCGGACGGAUGUCGAUGCUCUGUUGCCCCCUGGUGCCCGUCAUCAAGCAAUAAGGAGACCGAGGCUGUGGCGUGCGCCGACAUGGAGCUGGGCGAGCCUGGAUUGCCGGAUCGAGGCUAGAAGCGCAUGGAAUUAUUCGGUGCCAGGCUGCCAUGAUGAUGGGAAGAGUUUGGUGCGGGAGAUGAUACCCGAGGUGGAAGGGUUUGAUGGUGUGGAGACGGGUCAGUUGAAUGAUGCGUGGAUGAGGGUGAAGGGGCUGUUGUACCGGAAUAGCCAGCCCCUAUCGUUAAGGAUCUUGGAGAACCCUCUCAGUCUGUACCGGGCGGCGGAGGAUGCUACGCCGUGGAGCUUGAAAAUAGUGCUCGACGAAUGGGAGCUCGAGAUGGCCUGUAAGACUGAAUAUGUGGUGCAUCCUGGCACUUUAUUCUUUCCGGUUGGAAUGCCCAUCGCUGGUACCGUUGAAGGGCUCAUGUUGGAGCCGAUGCCGGGUCCGGAUGGUCACUUCAAGCGAACGGCCUAUUUUGAAGUCGACAUUCUGCUCUUCGGUGGAAAUGACAUCUUAGAGGGGAUGGAUGCAUGGGAACAUGCAAGUGACUUGAGAACUCUAGAAGAUGGCAUAGAUGUAAAGGGCAGGGCUCUUUAUUGCUUUACUCUUGUAUGA